CGUAGCCUGUCAGCGUUGGAUGAUUUCCACAUCAUAGCGACUGACGCGCGCUCUGUGGAUAUUGCUUACAGAUCUACGCGUGAACUUACCCUGCCUUACCUUGAGAUUCGGUGAUCUUUCAGCGCUUACACAAUCGACAACCUUUGAAUUGAAAGCGAUAUGUAAACAACAAGUACAGAUCAUUUCACGCACAUUCUGAUCUUCAUAAGACAUACAGUGAAUCGCUGCUGUUUUUAAAGAUCGCUCGAUCGUGACCGAUGCAGCAGCAACAGCGACUGCGUGUUGAAGUUUGGCUUUGUGAAUCGGUUUGCCUUCCUGGAUGGACUAAGGCACAGUCACUGAAACAUUUUUACAUGAGGAUUUAAAUGAGCUGAGGAUGGCGGAUAUUAGGACGUAUAAUGUUGUUAUUUUGGGAAUAGGAUUUUUGCUCAUUUUUACAGCCUUCACCACCUGCGGUAAUAUCGAGCAAACAGUGGUGAAAAGCUUGAAUAGCACUAACUUUACUGGGAGUGGCUAUCACAGCCUUGGAAUAAUAUAUGGAGUUUUUUCAUUCUGCAAUGUGUUAGCUCCCACUAUCGUUGCAAUAAUCGGACCACAGUUUGCAAUGUUCUUGAGUGGAGUUCUUUAUAGUGGUUAUAUAGCUGUAUUCAUCAUUCCAUCCACAUGGUCCUUUUAUUUCACAUCCGUGAUAAUUGGCAUUGGAGCAGCCAUGCUUUGGACAGCUCAAGGGCACUUUCUAGUGGAGAACUCUGAUGCUUCCACCAUCAACAGGAACACAGGAUUGUUUUGGGCUUUACUGCAGUGCAGUAUGUUGUUUGGAAAUCUAUACGUUUAUUUUGAUUGGAAAGGAAAAACUGAAAUUUCAGAUAGAGACAGAAAGAUUAUGUUUAUUGCUCUGCUGGUUAUCUCAGCACUCGGGACACUGAGUUUUCUUGCAUUGAGGAAGGUCUGUCAGCAGGAAGAGCUUCUCUCUGAAGAGGAGGGCCAUUCUCUGUUAUCAACGAGAUUGAAGUAUAAACAAAGAGCAACAUCUGCUGUGACGGAAGCUAAAACGGAGUUUAAGACGAUUUUGGCAAUCUUCAAAACAAAAACCAUAUUGUUAUUAAGUUUCUGCAUGGCAUACAGUGGUUUGGAGCUGUCAUUUUACAGUGGCGUUUAUGGCACCUGCAUCGGAGCUACGACACACUUUGGCGAUGCAGCAAAAGGCUUAAUCGGCAUUUCAGGCAUUGUGGUGGGAAUCGGAGAAAUAGUUGGGGGAGGAUUGUUUGGCCUUGUAUUGAAGAACAACCGUUUCAGGCGCACUUCAGUUGUCUUUUUAGGGAUGGUUGUGCAUUUUGUGGCCUUCUACUUGAUAUUCCUCAACAUACCAGAUGAUGCACCUGUGGUUUUCCAAACAAGCUCACAGCAUAAGCCAUAUCUGCUACCAAGCGUGUCCAUCGCCCUGCUGUGCAGCUUCCUGCUGGGUCUUGGGGACAGCUGUUUCAACACUCAGCUCUACAGCAUUCUGGGCCGGGCGUUUGCUGAGCAGAGCGCACCAGCCUUUGCUAUAUUCAAAUUCAUACAGUCUAUUUUUGCAGCUGUGGCGUUCUUCUACAGUGGUUAUAUUCUGCUGACCUGGCAGCUCCUCGUGAUGGUCGUCAUGGGAUUUACGGGAACACUGUGUUUUUUCAUGGUGGAGAGGAUGCAGAAUAUGUCAGCUGACACGCAGGAGUAUUAGGUUGGAGUCUUUCUCAGGACACAUUUCAGUAAAUUUGAUGCAACAAAAAGUCACUACACGUGACUUGUGCGAAAGUGCCUUUGUUUUUGUUGGACUUUGGGACCUUAAUAUACAAAUGGGAUUACAAUGGUUAUUAUUUUUUUUAUUUACAUUCUACGAUAGAAAAUUGCUAGUUGGAGCUGCAUUACAAUUUUCCAUCUUUAUUGGAAUUGUUUUACGUUAAAUUUGAUAUAUCAAAUGAUAUUACAUAUAUUAAAGCUGCACUUGGUUUAGAUAUGCUUAUGUUGUGUUGGCUGACGUGGCAGUCAUCUUAUACUGACACCUAACGACAUAGUUACAGCAUCAUGCAAAAGCGAAAGUGGAAUUCCCCUUGUCUUAUUUAUUCCAUGAGCGAAAGUGUCAGAUAACAGCUGGGUUAGCAAGAUAAAACUAGUAUUUAGCUGGUCAUGUGAUUUCAUAUCUGCCCCCAUGACUGGACCGGCUCCAUGUAAAAUAUAACAGCUUUUAUUAUGCUACUGAUAUGACUGGCGCCUUAUUCUCGUGUUAGAUUUUAAAUGGAUUUUAUGAAGUAUUAUCCAUCUCUUUAUAUGUAUUAUGUGCUUAACAAAUACACAAUGAGGAAAAAAUACUAAGUGCACCUUGUGUAAAAUAAUGUUGGUGACAAUCAGAUGAUGGCUCAGUAAUUAACCUCUAAACUGAAAUAUAUGUACACCACUAUACACCACACAACUCCUGCUCAAAAAUUUGGAAUCAUUAAGGUGUUUUAUAUUUUUGAAAGAAGUCUCUUAUACAUAUACAGUAUAUAUAUGUAUAAGAAACUGAAUUGUCUACACACAGUGGAGCUAUAUCAUUUCAGCUGAGAAAGCAUUUCUCUCAGGGUCCUGCUGGAUAAUUGUAAGAUUUUUAUAGGAUCUUUAACUCUCAAAGGCUAAUGGCAUGCCAGUUCACUUUCAGAUUUCUUUUCUAAAAGGAUACUUUAUACUGUAUACACUCUGUGUUCUCGAUUGUGAACCAUUUUAAAGUUGUUAAAACCCUACCAGUUAAACUGGUUCAGAUACUGAAAGUAUUAGACAGCCAGACAGUGAUGUCAUGAGGACUCUGUCACAAGACCGGUUUAAAUAAUGUUUACACAAAGGUCGUCUUCAUGACAAAUGUCUUGAAGACACAAGUCUUUUAGGCUUUAUAACAUGUGGUCAUACAUCACAAAAGUGCUGUUUGUUGUAAACCAAUGUGUAAAUAAAUGCUGUUUAGUAAAUCUGACUUUUUUAAGAUUGUUUCCUAUAAUAAAGAAAAAUAAUUAUUAUCGAAGCAAGUUUUACAUUACAUUUUACAUUGCAUAAAAUGUGCUGAACAUUACACAAAUAUCUUAUGAAUAAUACAUAAUGCAUUUUGUAUGUUUUAAUGUGUAAUUUCGAUUUGUACCACACCCCUGCUACACACUAGCUACAUUUCAUUAGAUUGCAGUUAUGCAAUAAUUUAUGUGUCAUAUUGUAAAUAUUUGUUUUUAGAUUUAAUCCUCUUUGUGACACCAUUUGAUUUUUGCAUUUGUAAUUGACAGUCAAUAUGAAAUGUUAUAACCUACUGGGUUUGAUUUGAUGUUUUAAUGCAUUUCAAUAAAGAAUUAUUAUUAUUGUUAUUA